AAGGUUUUACUUAAGAAGGCAGGAAGGAAAUUUCAAAGCAAAUAGAUCUGCUCAACGAUUUCCAGUACACCCCAAUCCAUUGCAAAGGGGAAGGAGAGAGAAAGAAUCCCUAGCUUGACGAAUCGGCCUCUGCGGUCCAAGGAACUGCAAAAUCACUCGCUAAGUCCACUCGUUGAGCACUCUUUCAGCUCUGCAUUGCAGUGAAGCGUGUUUACUGAGUCUUCUGUCUGAAACCAAAAAUGAGUGGACGCUUUUCUCGCACAAUCUAUGUUGGAAACCUGCCAGCAGAUAUAAGAGAAUCGGAGGUUGAAGAUCUCUUCUACAAGUAUGGUCGUAUAUUGGAUAUUGAGUUGAAGAUUCCACCUCGUCCUCCUUCUUACUGCUUUGUGGAGUUUGAUAAUGCUCGAGAUGCAGAAGAUGCAAUCAGAGGUCGUGAUGGUUAUAACUUCGAUGGUUGUCGAUUGAGGGUUGAGCUUGCACAUGGUGGCAGAGGGCAAUCUUCUUCAAGUGAUCGUCGUGGUGGUUAUAGUAGUGGUGGUGGUGGUGGUGGCGGUGGAGGAGGAGGAGGAGGAGCAGGCCGUUUUGGAAUUUCUCGCCAUUCUGAGUAUCGAGUCAUCGUUCGUGGGCUUCCAUCUUCUGCUUCAUGGCAAGAUUUGAAGGAUCAUAUGCGAAAAGCUGGUGAUGUGUGUUUCGUUGAAGUUUCCCGAGACAGUGAUGGAACCUUUGGUCUGGUUGAUUAUACUAAUCAUGAAGACAUGAAAUAUGCUAUUCGGAAACUAGAUGAUAGUGAGUUCAGAAAUCCUUGGACUAAAACUUAUAUUCGGGUAAGGAGAUACGAGGACAGUCCAUCAAGAAGCAGAAGUAGGACCAGAAGCCCAAGAAAGAAUAGAACCAAAUCACCAGAAAGAUCUGUUUCCAGAUCAGCAUCAAAGUCUAGGUCUGCUUCUCCUGUCAAGUUGUCCAGACCUAGAUCUAGGUCAAGGUCGGCAUCUCCUCGCCAGGUAAGGCAUUAAUUUGAAUUUAGUUUAAAAAGUUGAGGAUAUUGUUUUGCAUGUGUAUUCUACACUCGCCAUGCACAACACUUGAAAUUAUCAAAUUUGAGGACUAUUUAUAGAUUGGUUUGUCUAACUCUUAAAGGGAAUUCAUGGUUGGUAUUGAAUUUUUUAGCAAUAAUAACUCGAAUAACUUUAGUAGUUUAAUAUGUUGUGUCUUUUUCAUGUUUUAGAUAAAUAUUCCCCUGAAGCUUGGUCCUUAUUCCAGGUGCGGUCAGGUAGUGACUGAUGCCUUCACAACCUGAGUUGACUUCUUGUAGCCUGCUUGGAUGGGAGAGUUCCAGAGCAUAUGCAUCUAUGACAUCUGAGUGGGACUACCGAGUGAAACUUGUCAAUUAAAGUAGAAACUUCAGAAUUUGGCGUAGCUAGGUAAUAUCCAUCGAGUUGGAUGGAGGAUCCUAUUAAAACUUGUCGACUAUUGACAUUUGUUUUGUUUUAUUUGCCACACACCGUUGUUUUAAACUUGAAAUACUGUAUGGUUGUUUGUGAUCGUUCUGUGUUUAUUUUGUUAAGUGCACUUUGGGUUGGAUUGAAGAGCUGUUUGCUGUUUUUAUCAUUGAUGAGGAGAGGGGGGUCUUGGUUGGCCUGUCAAAUUGGACGGUGCUCAUCAUAUAAAAGAGUGUAUGAAAAUUGUUAAAUGAGAG